AACCCCCAGCAAAUCGUUCAAUAUCCCCCCUUACCAGAAAUCCUGGACCGCCCCUGGAUCCCUACGAUUAAUUAGGGACGAUAGUAGAACAAACAAAAAAAACGCUAUCGAUUGUCAGCUAUAUCGAAUGACAGUGUUAUUCAAUAUACGGGUACAUUUGUUUGGACUACAAUUCAACUAAUGGAUUUAAAACGACUUCAACUAUAUAUAGAGGUGGUCGUAGAUAACAGCGCCUUGUGUAAACUAGCAUGUCUUGGUUAAUCAAUACAAUACAUUCAAACUACGAAUACGAUUGUCCUUGAAAGAUUGUGUUACAAUGUCAAGGAAGAGAAAAUCUAUUAAGCGAGUUCAUAACUUCAUACGCAACCUAUUCAAGCGCUUCAAAUAGUGUGAGACUGUUUUAAGCGCAGUUUAGAAUGUUAUUGUGAGGGUAUAACAAUGAAUUCCAAAAAAUAUAGGUUGAUUGUAUUGUUCAUAGUCAUUGAUUGUGUUUUUCUCUUGUUGUGGUUUACUUCAAAAAGUGCUUCUUUAUAUGGAGGACAUAAUGUCAUAAAGUCAGGUAACUUCACUAGGCUAAGUAAAAGAGGCACUAUACUAGGUACGCCAGCUGAAAAGGGCUCUAAAGUGUCAAGUAGUCACUUCGACUUUCCUAAAACAUGGACUUCAUUAUUGGAUCCAGUGUUGCACUAUAACGUAUCGUCACGCAAGUACGCUCCUGACGCACCCAAUAAAAUAGUGCUGUUAUUCAACAAAGAACCAUGGACGUCGCUUAAAGAUACAAACAACAUUUACGACACUUGCGAAUACAACAAUUGCUUUAUGACGACCAACAGGUCAUAUCUGGCCACCGCGUCUGGCAUAUUGUUCAAUUUCUGUCACUCCGACAUGGGAAUGAGCCCGCCUAUUUCCAGGUUGGACCGGAACCCAGAUCAGGCGUGGAUGUUCCGAUGUGGAGAGACACCCGUCCACUUCUGGUUCAACGAUUACAAGCAGGCAUCUUGGCUAGGAAUGUUAAACUGGUCCAUAUCCUAUAGGCUCGACUCUGAUAUCCCGCAUCCGUAUGGCACCAUGAAAACGAGACAGGUCGUGGUAAAGAAAGAUUACGAGAAAAUCUUCCAAGCAAAGCACAAGACAGCAUUAUGGGUGGUAAGUAACUGUCAUCCACAAAGUGCGAGGGGAGUUUACGUUGACCUACUAAAGAAGCACGGUCUUCAAAUCGAUGUAUUCGGAGAUUGUGCGGGAAAAAGAAUCAGUGAAGAGGAAUACGAACGAACUCUUCCAAAAUACAAGUUUUUCCUAUCGUUUGAGAAUUCUCUGUGUCACGAUUAUGUUACGGAAAAGUUCUUCCGAAUGUACAACCAUGACUUGGUGCUUGUGGUGCGAGGGGGUGCGGACUAUAGGCGUCUGAUUCCGACGAACACGUACAUCAACACGGCGGACUUUUUGUCUGUGCCAAAACUGGUCGAGUAUCUAAACACGUUGGGCAAUGACCCGGUGAGGUAUACUGAGCUGCUCAAAAAGAAGGAUUUGUACGACGGCGUGUUUGGAAAGACAUAUGCUCAGAACCUCUGCCAGAUGUGCAAAAUGUUGAAUAACGUGGCGCAGUACAGAAAGACAUACGGAAACGUAAGAGAUUAUUUGGAAAAUGGACAAUGCAGGAUGGCCACUGACGUUGAUAAUCCAGGCGAUCGAAACGCGUAUUUAAACUACCGGAGAGUUUUUCAGUAGACACUCGUAGAUUCUAGUAUGCAUAUGUUUUGUUUGUAAAUGCCGUCUUAAUUUAUAAACAUUUUUAAUGAAAUAAAAAGAAACAUUAUUGUAUACAUCAGGGUUCCCAGCUUUUUGUAUGAACACAAUUCCCUGAUUUUUCCCUGAUGGAAAAUAAAAAUUCCAGGAUCAUAAUUUCGACCUAUUUCUUGUUUUAGACACCCUCAAUGAAUAGCAGUUGCAGACAUAACUAAGCUACAUGCAUACUAAAAAGCCACCAUAGGUCGGGAAAGUCUUACCAAACAAAAUUCCCUGAUUUUCCCAUUAUUUCAGGACCUUUUCCAAAAUUCCUGGACUUUUCCCUGACUGGAAAAAGUGAGAAAGUCUUUUUCCAGGUUUUCCCUGAUUUCCAGGUUGGCUAGGAACCCUGUACAUGCUGAUUAUUUGCCGAAUCGAAAUGGUAUACAUGUGUUUCAACAAGACUGGUUUGAUAGCAUCUGACAAAAGGUUGUUGCAUGGUUACUAAUACCAAGUGAUUUUAUACAUACGAUUUAAAAGGUAGAGCCAAAUAAACGAUUAGAAAAAGA